AUGCCCAUGUACGAAAAGGAGCUGGCUACGGCCAAGCCCCAGUUCGACGACAUGGACAAGGACGCCGAGGACCGUUUCUGCCGCUUUGUGGAAAAACUGGGUCCGCGCUCUGAUGGUCUGGUGCGGCUGUUCGACCGCGGCGAGUUCUUUUCCGCCCACGGUCCGGACGCGCUCCUCAUCGCCGAUCAGGUGUACAAGACGACCAACGUGCUGAAGUAUCUCGGUUCGCGCAAGGCUGCGUCGAGCAACACUCGCGGCCUUCCGUCUGUGACUAUCAGCAUGACGCUCGCUAAGGCCUUCCUCCGCGACUGCCUGACGAGUAAGCAGAUGCGGGUCGAGAUCUAUGAGCCGGAGGAAGGGGCGCGAGCCAAGAACAACGCGCGCUGGCAACUCGCCAAGGUUGCGUCUCCGGGCAACAUUAGCCAACUCGAGGAUUUGCUGUUUGCAAGUGAGGACUUGCUGUCAAACGCCGUCAGCAUGGCGCUCCGUAUCCAGAUACGCGACGGGCAGCGGACCGUCGGUGCAGCGUUCGUCGACGUGCAGGAGAAGACGAUUGGUGUCGCCGAAUACGCGGAAGACGAGAACUUUGGGAACACGGAGAGUUUUCUCAUCCAGCUCGGCAUCAAGGAAUGCGUCGUCCAAGCCGACGACAAGCGUGCCGACCACGAGCUCUCCAAGCUCCGUAUGCUCAUUGAGCGCUGCGGCGUCAUCGUGACUGAGCGCAAGGCGUCUGAGUUUCAGGCAGGCAGCGUCCAACAGGACCUGGGCAGGUUGUUGGACGAGACACACCCAACCAGCCUCCCCGAGUAUGACCUCAAGGUUGCCAUGUCUGCACUCGCCGCUCUCAUAUCCUACCUCGGCCUCAUGUCUGACUCGCCUAUGCACGGCCAGUUUAGGUUACACCAUCACGACCUCUCGCAGUACAUGAAAUUGGACGCUAGCGCGGUCAAGGCGCUCAACCUCAUGCCCACGCCCGAACUCGGAGGUAACAAGAACAUGAGCCUGUACGGGCUGCUUAACCGCUGCAAGACGAGCCAGGGCCAGCGGCUCCUCGGACGAUGGCUCAAGCAGCCCCUGGUCAAUCUGCACUCGAUUCAGGAGAGGCAAAACAUCGUUGAGAUGUUCGUCAAUGACGACAUCACCCGGCGGGUGCUACAAGACGAGCACCUCCGUGUAAUGCCCGACUUUCAUCGCAUCUGCAAGAAGUUUCACCGUGGCGUCGCAACCCUUGAGGACAUUGUGCGCGUGUACCAGGCUGUCGAGAAGCUUCCCCGCGUCAUUGAAAGUCUUGAGAAGGUGCAGACGGAGAACCCCGUGUACGGAACCCUACUCAACACUGCGUACAUCAACGAACUGAACGAUCACCUCGAGAAGCUCGAGAAGUUCUCCGAGAUGGUCGAGAACACCAUCGACCUCGACGACCUCGCCAACCACAACUACACGCUUCAGCCCUCACUCGACAGUGAACUGGAGAGAAUCCGCGGCGACCUUGUCGAUGUUCGCGACCAGCUCGACGCUGAGCAUCGGCGUGUUGGUGCUGAUCUUGGCGUCGACAUCGACAAGAAGCUCCAUCUCGAGAACCACCAUGUGUACAAAUACUCUUUCCGCAUCACGAAGGCCGAGGCAAGCCUGCUGCGAGGCAAGAAACAGUUCAUCGAGCUGUCGACGCAGAAGUCGGGAACCAUCUUCACCACAGCGACUCUUCGCGAGGCCAGUGAUGACUUUGCGCGCUUGCAGGAGGAGUACGAGGCGAAGCAGCGGCAUCUUGUCAAGGAAGUUGUAGGCAUUGCCUCGUCGUACACACCUGUACUCGAGCUUCUUGACAACAUAAUCGCCGCAAUUGACGUCACGGUGAGCCUCGCACACGUGUCGUCGCACGCGCCAGUACCGUACGUCAAGCCAGUGAUGAAGGAGCGCGGAGGAGGGGACGUCGUUGUACGCGGGGCGCGCCAUCCGUGCCUCGAGGUGCAGGACGACAUCCAGUUCAUUUCAAACGACCACGAGAUGCGCAAAGGCUCGAGCGAGUUCCAAAUCCUCACAGGGCCCAACAUGGGCGGCAAGUCCACCUACAUCCGCGAGAUCGGCGUGAUUGCGCUCAUGGCGCAGCUGGGCUGCUUUGUACCGGCCGACAGUGCCGAGUUGCCCAUCUUCGACUGCAUUUUGGCGCGUGUUGGCGCUGGCGACAGUCAACUCAAGGGCGUCUCGACGUUCAUGGCCGAGAUGCUGGAGACGGCGACGAUCCUGCGAUCGGCGACGCGAGAUUCGCUCAUCAUCAUCGACGAGCUGGGCCGCGGUACAUCGACGUACGACGGGUUCGGCCUGGCGUGGGCAAUCUCAGAGCACAUCGCGAGCCAGAUCCGCUGUUUCUGCCUCUUCGCAACGCACUUUCACGAACUCACCACGCUCGCGGACCACAUUAGAUGGGUCAAGAACCUUCAGGUCCGCGCCGAGGUGCAGCCUGCUGCUGCCGGGUCGAAGCAAGAUCGCCAAAUUACGCUCCUGUACCAGGUGAUCGAUGGGCACAGUGACCAGAGUUUCGGUAUCCACGUCGCUGAGCUCGCGCGCUUCCCAGAGCCGGUUGUACGGUUGGCAAAGCGCAAGGCCGAGGAACUCGAGGACUUUGGCGAGGGUGACGCCUCACCUGCUGCUAAACUGCCCAAGGAGGAAGUAGACGCAGGCACUGAGAUCGUGCACUCAUUCCUGGACGAGUGGCGGCGGCGCGCAGAGGGCGGGGAUGGGGAGGUUCAGCUGGCCGCUCUCCGCGCGGCCGUCGACGAGUACAAGGACAAGUUUGAAGGCAACGCGUGGAUCACGAACGUCCUCGGAUCGUUACAUCUGUCCUCCUCUGGUCGGAUCUUCACACACGAAAACGCUCCCACCUUCCCCUCCCUAUUCACCAUGUUUGCGCAGCUCCUCACCGGCGCCCUCUUCGCCACUGUGACCAAUGCCCAGGUCACCGCCACCGGCACCAUGGGCGUGACCAACCCCUCGGCCGCUGUCAUGGGCACUCCCAUCAACCAGACGUCCGAGGCGCGCCUGCUCUCGCUCAACUCUAUCAACGACUUCUGCAUCUUUGGGCCCCUCUUGCCCAACUCGGUCGUUGGUGACACCGAGGAGGAGCAGGUCGCCUGGUGUGUCCAGCCCCGCAACAACGCCCGCGUCAUUCCGGACGGUACGAUCCACUCCGCCCACCUCGUCAAGACGCCCCGUUACUGGCAGAUUCAGGGUUACGGCGACUUUACCCGCAUGAACAUUGCUGCCGGCGACAAUGGUGGCGAGCUCGACCCCCACGGUGCCAAGGGCACCGGAAACCCAAUCGGCGGCAACGUAACCUCCAACGCGACUGGUACGGACGUCUCGUACGAGGAGUGGAUGAACUUUAUGUCGUUCAACACUUUCUGCCUGCGCAUUUGUAUCGCCGAGGAGGGUGCGUACACUGCCGAGCAGCAGUGCCAGCACGAGAUCGACCUCAUGGGCUGCGAGUGGGUCAUGCCUGGCGACUACACCAACAACUCGUUCACCGAGUGCCAGGCCGACUCCGCCUACCCACCCGGCUGGUUCCCGCAGCCCGACGGCUCCGUCUCUACCUUCCACCAGCGUUACACUGGCACCAACUCGCCUGACGGUGCGCUGUGGACUAUCGGCGUUACCGUGACCCCUCCUGCGCCAUUCUCGACCCCCGCCUCUAGCCAGUGCACGACCUUCUCGUCGAUCGGCAACGGUAUCCCCCCCGAGAGCCUGAACCGCGACGCGGCGUUCACGUGGUCUGGCUCUCUUCCCGCAACUGGCGGCGGAUCCCCCGCCGCCGCCACCGGCAGUAAUUCAGGCGGUCAGGCCUCAGCGUCGGCCGGUGUUGACGCAGCCUCCGCUGGCCAGGGCAGUGACCAAGCCAAGAGCGCCGCGGGUCCUGGCUACGUCAUCGCUGGUGCAUCGCUCGCCGCCAUGCUCAUUGGCGUUGCCGCCGUCGCUCUCUAG